AUUUAAAAUGUCAUGUUGUCAACUCUAAACAAAGUUGUCAAAAAUUGUUAAAUAAUGGACUGACAAAUACAAAAAUUUCUACGUUUGCCUCGUCAACUCUAGCCCAAAUUUUAUUUAUAUUCGAAAAGCUUGUGAUAAUGUUUUUUUUAAGAACUAAUUUAUUAAUUCUAUGCGUUUUGGCAUGUAUUGGCCAUUCGUCACAGUUUUACGUGCCUGGAAUGGCCCCAGUUGAAUUCAAGAAGGGGGACUACAUAGACGUAAAAGCGGUUAAAAUGACGAGCAUUCAUACGCAAUUACCCUACGAAUACUACUCGCUACCAUUCUGCAUACCAAAAAAUGGUUCAAUACGGUACAAAUCUGAGAACUUAGGGGAGGUUUUACGAGGGGACCGUAUUGUGAACACUCCAUACGAUGUAAAAAUGGCUGAAGAUAUUCAGUGCUCGUUGUUGUGCCACGAGCCACAAAAGCCUAUGCAUUGGAGUCCUCAAGAAUCUCAAACUGUCGCUGAUCGUAUACAGCAUGAAUACUUUGUUCAUUUACUCGUCGAUAAUCUACCAGCAGCAACAAGUGUUAUUAAUCCUGAGACUAACGAAAAACAAUUUGAGCACGGAUACAGAUUAGGUAGCGAAAUUAAUGGAAAAACUUACAUAAAUAAUCAUCUGAAAUUAAUGUUACUCUAUCACAAUCCGUCACCAGAUGUCUAUCGAGUGGUCGGUUUCCAUGUGGAAGCAAAGUCGAUACAUUUGGACGAGCUGAAGUUCAACAAUAAGUUGUGUAGUUUUCCUGCUAAACCACGACCACAACCUGUUGAUCCCAAAUUGGGCACCUCUUUACUAUUUACGUACGAAGUAAAGUGGGAGCAUUCGCAGAUAAGUUGGGCUUCUCGUUGGGAUACUUACUUGGCAAUGAAUGAUGUGCAAAUUCAUUGGUUUUCAAUUAUUAAUUCCCUCGUAGUUAUUUUCUUUUUAUCAGGAAUUUUGACAAUGAUUUUGAUAAGAAGUUUACGGAGAGACAUCGCGAGGUAUAAUGCAGAUGAGGGUAUGGACGAAGCAAUUGAGGAGACUGGCUGGAAACUGGUACACGGCGAUGUAUUCAGACCGCCACGAAACACUCGUCUAUUUGCAGCUGUUAUUGGAUCAGGAAUCCAAAUCUUUCUUAUGGCACUGAUUACAAUAUUUUUCGCAAUGUUGGGGAUGUUGUCUCCCGCCUCACGAGGUGCACUAAUGACUGCCGCAAUUUUCUUGUACGUUUUUAUGGGUCUCAUAGCCGGCUAUUUCUCCGCACGUCUGUAUAAAACAAUGAAAGGACGCGAGUGGAAGAGAGCUGCUUUUUUAACGGCAGUUUUAUAUCCGGCGAUAAUAGCAGUGACAUGCUUCUUUCUCAAUUUCUUCAUUUGGGGAAAAUCGAGCAGCGGAGCAGUUCCCUUUUCUACUAUGAUAUCAUUGCUUUUGCUAUGGUUUUGUAUAUCAUUACCCCUUGUGCACUUGGGUUAUUAUUUUGGAUAUCGAAAGCAACCUUUCCAACACCCGGUGAGAACGAAUCAAAUACCUAGGCAGGUUCCGGAUCAGCACUGGUAUAUGAAUCCCUUCCUCUGCACUUUAAUGGCGGGUAUUUUACCAUUUGGGGCGGUGUUUAUAGAAUUGUUUUUCAUAUUCACUGCAAUUUGGGAGAACCAGUUUUACUACCUUUUUGGUUUUCUCUUCUUAGUGUUUAUCAUCUUGGUGAUUUCGUGUUCACAGAUAGCCAUUGUGAUGGUCUACUUUCAGCUGUGUGGAGAAGAUUACCAUUGGUGGUGGCGAAGUUUUAUUACAUCAGGCGGUUCUGCGCUAUACAUUUUAGCAUAUUCACUGUUUUAUUUUGUAACUAAAUUAGAAAUAACGGAAUUUAUACCGACAUUACUGUAUAUUGGGUACACUGGACUUAUGGUGAUAACGUUUUGGUUACUAACCGGAACAAUAGGUUUUUUCGCCGCCUACGCUUUCAUUCGAAAAAUUUAUGGGGCUGUUAAAAUUGAUUAAGUGGUGUAUCGUUUGAUUGUGCAAGAAUGCUUUACUUUGUUGGAACACUUAGUGUAGGAAUAAGUAAUUUUUAAGUAGGUUUAGUCUACCAUUUAUCAAUCACCCAGUUAAAUAAAUAUUUUUACAACUAUAAAAAGUAAGACAAUUUGGCCAGCCUAAUGUUAUCUAAUAUGUGUAGUCUAAAUUUGUUUCUUAAUCUAUUCCAGUAUUACUUUAACAUCACUUGUAUACUAUUCACUGUAGAUUUAAGCAUUCCGAAGCAUUACAAAGGAAUAACAUAUUUAUGUUUCAUGUCUUGUUAAGAAAUCGUUUUUAACUUUGUAAAUAUAUUAGAUUUAUGUAUCAAGAUGAAAUAAUUAUUUCCUCAAUGAAGCGACGUACAUAGGUGAUAAAAACACCAUCUUAUUUUAAGAACACAGCGUGUCUAUUUUAAUUGUUAAAUUUGUGAUUAUAGAA